AUGGCUAAAGCCGACCUCGACCUGGUUUCGCGAAUCAGGGCCACUAUCAAAGAGCCACAUGGCGUGGUAAACCACCUGAAUACCGCCCGGAUACCCCUAUGUUUGCCGCCCCAGGCAAAUACAUCUGGUCUUUAUACUCUGGGAUUUUCACGAUACGCGCAGAUCUACCUUGGAUUCGAAGAAGUCUGGCACUCCAUCAUCGGCGAUUACGAGGAUUGGUCUACUGCGACUGAGAUCGAUGACGACCCGACCAUCUUUUCCAGUGAUGAGGAAAGGGUCAAGGCUAUCCUACGCUUUCUCUAUAUGCCCGAACUCUACAGGACUCGACGCUUGGAGUCUGAUCUUGCGGCGCUUAACUCGCUGGAUUCUGGUUUCGGCCUCGGGGAUGACAAUGCCGCCACCGAGUUUCGACAAUACAUCAAACAGCGGAUAUCGGAAAACGCUCAUCUCCUUGUGGCAUAUAUCUGGAUCAUGUACCAGGCUCUGUUCAACGGAGGGCGAUUCAUCCGGGGUCAACUCCUCAAAGCCGGGCCUGAGUUCUGGGGUCUGUCACCAAAGGAGAUGGACCCAACUAAUUUCCCUUCGCCACUCUCAUUUUGGUGUGUCGAGGAUGAUGACGCGGUAAGGAUGGAAUUCAAGAGGAGGGUCUUAAAGGCAGACAAGAUAUUGACGGAGACUGAGAGGCGGGAAAUCUUGGACGAAGCCCUAGAGAUCUUUCGUCGAUGCAGGCUCCUCACGUUGCAGCUUGACGAGCAAACCACUGCACUCGAUCCAAGAACAUAA